UUGCACUUUUUUGGAAGCUCGCGCUGCGUUUCCGCGCUGUCAUUGUUUCCGUUUCCACCAACGAGAAAGAAGCCCGACGCCUCCGCACAUCUUUGUUCGCGUUGUGUUUGCCUUGAAUCCGUUACGUUGCAUUGUUGUCCGGACUACUUUUUGAGUUGCAGGAGAGUUUCGAUCUUUUUUUUUUCCAACCAUGGGGGACAUCGAGGCUCCCAACUCGAAUCGGCCGCGCCAGAAUGUCCUCCUCUCUGUUCUCCCGAGCAAAGAGUUCGCCUCCUCGAGGAAAGGAAUACUGCUUAUUGCUGAAGUGGCGCUGUCCUUUGUGUCCUUUGUGUGCUUCGCGGCGUCCACAGCAGCAGCCUUUGUGACCGUCCCUCUGCUGGAGUUCCUAGCCGCUCUCUUCUUGUUGUUCGCUUACUCCACCAAAUUCAACGAGAGGUUUAAAGGCUUCCUCUGGCCUCUGAUGGAUUUCAUGAGAUGUGUGUCUGCCUCCAUUAUCUUCUUCAUCAUCUCAAUCAUUUCAGUGUCCAAAUAUGUGGACAGUUCCUCUAAGGCUGCCGGGAUAUUUGGGUUCAUUGCCACCAUCGUUUUUGCUUUAGAUUUUUACCUAAUUUUCAAUGAGCUAGCCACUUUCCUAAAACAAGGAGGAGAGUCAAAUGAGGAGCCAUCAGGACACCAAGAUGAGUUUUCAAACUCUGAUGAUUCGGACUGAGACCGCGGACCACCACCACUAGGAGAUCCACCAGCUGACAAGAUCAUGUCAAAUGAAACUUUGCAGGAGAAUUGUUCUAAGUUAGCAUCAUUGUGUCUCAAGGUUACUUUGAUACUGUGUGCAGAAAUCACCACAAGGUCACAUUGCUGGUUGGUUUGUUCUAAUAAUGAUGUGCAUUUAUUGGUAGUUGGGGAAUUCUGACCUUUAUUUUCUUACUUUCCUCUUUGAAUUUUUCUGUUGAGCAUCCAUUCGAGACAAUUCUAAGAUGAUGUGUCAAAUAUGUUGGUCUUUAUACGUUACUGGUCAUUACAAGUAGUUUAUAAAACGAUGCAAAAAAAAAAAAAGUCUUAGAAAAAAGAACUGCCAUCCUCAUACUUUAAUGAUCAUAAAGCUGGGAAAUUGAUUGUUCUCAUGACAUUGGGUUCUUUUCUUGUAUGAUACAUGGGAGCAUAUGUCUAAACCUGAAAUAAUGAUUAAUAUUGACUUUUGUGCACGUACUGUGACCAUAUUUACAGACAAAUUAAACUACAACACUACAUUAAUGUAAUUAUUGAAUACAUGUUUAGGUGUGACAAUAAUGAAGCAUGUAAGUGGGGCAUCAUCACCAUUUAUACAUUUUUAGUACAAUAAGAAAACUAUGUACAGUACAUAGACAAACAGGUUGGCUGGUUACAACCUCUAAACUCUACAAGAGUGCAUGUGUUAUAGCUUGAGGGUGAUAUUAACCUACCUUCCUAUACAUUUGACUUUUGGUACAGCAGAAUUCCUUUAAUUGCUUUCCCACGACAUUUUUUCUGGAUCGUUACAGUUUUUAAUAUGACCGAGUGACCCAUGUUUGGGCGUCGCCAUGAAUCCAAGUGACAGAAAUGCCAUUUUAAAAUCUGUUCAACUAACCCAGAGUUUGAGUGACUCUGCUCUUUUGUUUCAGUUUGUUCUCUGUAUGUGCUUCUCAACCGAUGUGUGUGUGUGUGUGUGAAAAUAACAAUGCAUUGUAGAUACUUAAUGCAUUAUUAUACUGUUAAAUGCUCGAUAUCCGAUAUGUGAAUCUUUCUUUGUUUUUUUCUUUGAGUCUUCAGUUCUUCUGCAGCCACUACUGAAGAAUUACCGGCACUAGCCACAGCGACUGUUUAUGCGAUGCACGAGUGCUCCAACAGCUCUGUGAAUUAAAAGUGGAUGAAUCUGUGGCCUUUAACUUCCAUGUGGAAUUUCAACUGUUGAGAGCAAUUGGCAUAUUAAUAGUUAAGGAAAUACUUUCAAGGUUUGCCUUUUAUGGGAGUUUGUUUUACUUCUGGGGAUUUUUUUUUGUUUGAAUGGUGUCCAGGCAGAAUCCUUCAGACUAAAAUCCUUCAGUUUAUCUGAGAUUUUACCGACGGCUACAAAACUCUACCGUACCCUUUUGCCGUGAAAUCACAUACCAAAAAAAAAGAUGAACAAAGCACCAUGUUAUAAAGGAGGUCCCUUGCUGAACUAUUGUUGGUGAAAUAUGAAGUUCUUUUUCUUUCUUUACUGUUUUGUCAUUUUAUGAAAAAUAAAUAAAGCUACUUUCAAUAAUG